UCAACGCAAGAUCUGGCCCCCGGUGAAAACCCGCAAAAAAUUCGCCGGACGGCUGAGCUGGAGAGGGGAUUAGAUGAAAAUCCAAUCAACCGAAGGAAGGAGGCAGUUGGCUCAUCCGGAGACGGAGGAAGAGAGAGAGAUGUUCGCGCGUGUGAAACUGAUGCGAGAAUCGGAGCGAUGUGUUAGUCUCCGUUAAUCUCCAGAAUGUCUGAUGGGACGAGGCCUCUCACAUGACCGUGGGCCUAGACAGGCCGGCCCGGCCGGGUUUCUCCCGUACACACAACAGGCCGUACGGGCCACGCAAGCAGUGGCGCGCGCUCGUCGAGUCCGAGACCAGCGGCCGACCGCGCAGACCGGUGGCGUCCCUCUUUCCCUCCUUCCCUUCCACCCCGCCCGUGCGUGGCGCGCACACGCAGGCAGGAACGCGCGAACGGAGCCGAGGCAGGGGGCGCGCGCUGAGGCGGAGGCGGAGGCGGAGGCAAGCACCCGGCGGCGUCCGUCGACUGGCCGUGCGACGGCGCCAUGGGUGGCUGCUACUCUGUCAUCGCGGCCUCCAGGAUGCUGGCCCGGAGGCGCGCCGCCGCCGCCAUCAUGCCCGUGGCCGGCGCCGACGACUGCCCCCCGGCGGACGACGCCGCCAACAGCGGCAGCGCAAGCAAGAAGAAGCGCAGGUCGACCAAGUGGAGGCGGAGCGCGCCGAUCCUGGGCGGCGGCGGCGGCGGCGACGACGACCAGUGCGUGCCGGGCGCCGGCGGUGAGUGCUUCGCCAAGCGGUACCGGCUGGGCGCGGAGCUGGGGCGCGGGGAGUUCGGGGUGACGCGCCGGUGCGAGGACGCGGCCACGGGGGAGGCGCUGGCGUGCAAGACCAUCCGCCGCAAGCGGCUCCGCCGCGCCGCCGACGCCGAGGACGUGCGGCGGGAGGUGGAGAUCCUGCGGCGCAUGUCGGCGCUGGAGGGCGCGGAGGGGACCGUGGUGCGGCUCCGCGAGGCCUGCGAGGACGCCGAGGGCGUGCACCUGGUGAUGGAGCUCUGCGAGGGCGGCGAGCUCUUCGACCGCAUCUUCGCCCGGGGACACUACACGGAGCGCGCGGCCGCCAAGAUCGGCCGCACCAUCGCCCGGGUCGUGCAGCUUUGCCACGACAACGGGGUCAUGCACCGGGACCUCAAGCCCGAGAACUUCCUCUUCGCCGGCAAGGAGGAGGACUCGCCGCUCAAGGCCAUCGACUUUGGCCUCUCCGUCUACUUCCAGCCCGGGGAGCGCUUCACCGAGGUGGUCGGCAGCGGGAUCUACAUGGCGCCGGAGGUGCUCAUGAGGAGCUACGGCCCGGAGGCCGACGUCUGGAGCGCCGGCGUCAUCCUCUACAUCCUCCUCUGCGGAGUGCCUCCUUUCUGGGGAGACACCGAUGAGCGCAUCGCUGAGUCGAUAAUCCGGGGUGAAAUCAACUUCGAGAGGGAGCCAUGGCCCAAGGUCUCCCACACUGCAAAGGACCUUGUCAAGAAGAUGCUUGAUCCGGACCCUGCUACCCGCUUGACGGCAAACCAAGUCUCUGAGCAUCCGUGGCUCAAGAACGCCGACAAGGCUCCGAAUGUGUCGCUUGGAGAGCUUGUCCGAUCCAGGCUUAAGCAAUUCUCAUCCAUGAACAAGUUCAAAAAGAAGGCACUCGGAGUCGUUGCCAAGAGUUUACCGGCGGAGGAGAUCGAGAACUACACUCAGAUGUUUCAAACGAUGGACAAGGACAAGGACGGUACUUUGACGCUUGAGGAGCUCAAGGAGGGCUUGCGGAUAAACGGUCAUCCUGUUCCUGAGUCAGAGAUACAGAUGCUGUUAGAAGCUGGUGACAUAGAUGGAAAUGGCACCUUAGACACUGAGGAGUUUGUGACAGUCUUACUUCACAUCAAAAAAAAGAGUAAUGAGGAGUACCUACCUGAAGCUUUCAAAUACUUCGACAAAGAUGGCAAUGGAUAUAUUGAAAUGGAGGAAUUGAUGGAGGCUUUAGGUGAUGACGAACUAGGCCCAGAUGAGCAAGUGAUUAAAGACAUUAUACGUGAUGUUGACACGGACGAGGAUGGUCGCAUUAGCUAUCAGGAGUUUGAAGUGAUGAUGAGAUCUGGCUCAGAUUGGAGGAAUGCUUCUCGGCGCUACUCAAGAGCAAAUUUCAGCAACCUCAGUCAUAGGCUGUGCCAAUGACUUCUAUGAAACAAGACCGAUCCAAGCAGCAGCUAACCCACUGAGUGAAUCAAAUAGAAAGUAAGCAUCAGUAGAUGACCUAAAACUCAAUUCGGAUUACUGGGUUUGGAGGACAUCCGGAUUUAAAGAAUAGCCCAUAACCCAGUUGCUUGGAUGACAGAGUUCCUCAAGCAGAAGCAGAAAACCCAAUGGCAUCGUCCUUUGUACUGAAACCAAAAUAUUUCACACCUAGGAUACAUACUAAUGACUUAGGUACGGAGAGAUGUAAGGGAAGAAAAGCACUUCCCAAAUUUUGACAUUUUACUACUGUGUCAAAUUUUAAAAGAAGUUGAAUCCAAUAGAAACAAAAAUUUCAUGGAUCAACAUUACGAAUUGUCAAAAGGAGCAUCCCAAUUUCCAUCCUGUAUACUUUGUGUAAUGAACUGAUACAUGGCAUGCCAAGUUGUCAUGAACUCCAAUGAGAAUGGAGAAGUUCAGAAGAAAA